GGGAGGUGAGGGGAAUGGCUUGGACUCCGGAGGGGACGGCGGGUCCAGAGCGGUGCUGCUAAUGGGGAGAGAUCGCCGGUUUCCGAAGAGGAUGCUCGGGCACAAAGCGCGGCUGGCGCGCUGGCCUGGGCUCUAGCGGCCGAGAGAUCCCGGGAGAACUCCGGAGCUCGCGGGGCGCGCUCCUCCGAAGACUGGGUCAACAUGCCUGUUCGCAGGGGGCAUGUGGCACCACAAAACACAUUUCUGGGGACCAUCAUUCGGAAAUUUGAAGGGCAAAAUAAAAAAUUUAUCAUUGCAAAUGCCAGAGUGCAGAACUGUGCCAUCAUCUACUGCAAUGAUGGGUUCUGCGAGAUGACUGGUUUCUCCAGGCCAGAUGUCAUGCAGAAGCCUUGCACCUGUGACUUUCUCCAUGGACCCGAGACCAAGAGGCAUGAUAUUGCCCAAAUUGCUCAAGCGUUGCUGGGAUCGGAAGAGAGGAAAGUGGAGGUCACAUACUAUCACAAGAACGGUUCUACUUUCAUUUGUAACACUCACAUCAUUCCAGUGAAAAACCAAGAGGGUGUGGCCAUGAUGUUCAUCAUUAACUUUGAAUAUGUAACAGAUGAAGAAAAUGCUGCCUCCCCAGAGAGGGUAAACCCAAUAUUACCAGUCAGAACAGUAAACCGCAAACUUUUUGGGCUGAAGUUCCCUGGGCUAAGAGUUCUCACCUACAGAAAACAGUCCUUACCACAAGAGGACCCUGAUGUGGUAGUAAUUGAUUCAUCCAAACACAGCGAUGACUCGGUAGCCAUGAAGCACUUUAAAUCUCCUACUAAAGACAGCUGUAGCCCCUCCGAAGCCGACGAUACAAAAGCCUUGAUCCAGCCCAGCCAAUGCUCUCCCUUGGUGAAUAUAUCCGGACCCCUGGACCACUCCUCUCCCAAACGGCAGUGGGACAGCCUCUACCCGGACAUGCUCCAGUCCACUUCUCAGCUGACCCACUCCAGAUCCAGGGAAAGCCUUUGUAGCGUACGGAGGGCAUCUUCGGUACAUGAGAUAGAAGGAUUAAAUGUCCACCCCAAGAGCAGAUUUAGAGACCGGCAUGCCAGUGAAGACAAUGGUCGCAAUGUCAAAGUUUCACGUUCCUGGAUGGCAGGGGGGCCUUUUAAUCACAUCAAGUCAAGCCUCCUGGGAUCCACGUCAGAUUCAAACCUCAACAAAUACAGCACCAUUAACAAGAUUCCACAGCUCACAUUGAACUUUUCAGAUGUCAAAACAGAAAAAAAGAACACAUCCCCUCCUUCUUCAGAUAAAACCAUUAUUGCACCCAAGGUUAAAGACCGAACGCACAACGUGACGGAGAAAGUUACCCAGGUUCUCUCUUUAGGAGCAGAUGUCCUGCCGGAGUAUAAACUACAGACGCCACGCAUCAACAAGUUUACGAUACUGCACUACAGCCCUUUCAAGGCAGUCUGGGAUUGGCUUAUUCUGCUGUUGGUCAUCUACACAGCCAUAUUCACGCCCUAUUCUGCAGCUUUCCUCCUCAAUGACCGAGAAGAACAGAAACGACGUGAAUGUGGCUAUUCAUGUAGCCCUCUGAAUGUGGUAGACUUGAUUGUGGAUAUUAUGUUUAUCAUAGAUAUUCUAAUAAACUUCCGAACGACAUACGUAAAUCAGAAUGAAGAAGUGGUAAGUGAUCCGGCCAGAAUAGCAAUACACUACUUCAAAGGCUGGUUCCUGAUUGACAUGGUGGCCGCAAUUCCUUUUGACUUACUGAUUUUUGGAUCGGGUUCCGAUGAGACAACAACAUUAAUUGGCCUUUUGAAGACAGCUAGACUCCUUCGUCUUGUGCGAGUGGCCAGGAAACUUGACCGAUAUUCGGAGUACGGAGCAGCCGUGCUGAUGCUCUUAAUGUGCAUCUUUGCCCUGAUUGCUCACUGGCUGGCUUGCAUUUGGUAUGCGAUCGGGAACGUGGAACGGCCAUACCUGACUGACAAGAUUGGAUGGUUGGAUUCCUUAGGACUACAAAUCGGGAAGCGCUACAAUGACAGUGACUCCAGUUCCGGACCAUCCAUAAAAGACAAAUACGUCACCGCACUUUAUUUCACGUUCAGCAGUCUAACCAGCGUGGGAUUCGGGAAUGUGUCUCCUAAUACCAAUUCGGAGAAAAUCUUUUCCAUUUGUGUCAUGUUGAUCGGCUCACUAAUGUAUGCAAGCAUUUUCGGGAAUGUAUCUGCAAUCAUCCAAAGACUAUACUCCGGAACAGCCAGAUACCAUAUGCAGAUGCUGCGAGUGAAAGAGUUCAUUCGCUUCCACCAAAUCCCUAACCCUCUGAGACAGCGGCUCGAGGAGUAUUUCCAGCAUGCGUGGACUUACACCAAUGGAAUUGACAUGAACAUGGUCCUAAAGGGUUUCCCAGAAUGCUUGCAAGCUGACAUUUGUCUACAUCUCAACCAGACUUUGCUGCAAAACUGCAAAGCCUUUCGGGGGGCAAGUAAAGGUUGCCUUCGAGCUUUAGCAAUGAAGUUCAAGACCACCCAUGCACCUCCGGGAGACACCCUGGUUCACUGCGGGGAUGUCCUCACUGCACUUUACUUCUUGUCCAGGGGCUCCAUUGAAAUCCUCAAGGAUGACAUUGUGGUCGCUAUUCUAGGGAAAAAUGAUAUAUUUGGAGAAAUGGUUCAUCUUUAUGCCAAACCUGGAAAGUCUAAUGCAGAUGUACGAGCUCUCACAUACUGUGACUUGCAUAAGAUCCAGAGAGAAGACUUGUUGGAGGUUUUAGAUAUGUACCCUGAGUUUUCUGAUCAUUUUCUAACAAACCUAGAAUUAACUUUCAACCUCAGACACGAGAGCGCAAAGGCGGAUCUCUUACUGAGAUCACAAUCCAUGAAUGACUCCGAUGGAGAAAACUGUAAACUAAAAAGAAGGAAAUUAUCAUUCGAAAGUGAAGGAGAGAAAGAUUUUGGCAAAGAAAACAGUACAAACGAUCCUGAAGAUUCUGUAGAUACAUUAAGACAUUAUCAGAGUUCCAAGAAACAAUUUGAAGAGAAAAAAAGCAGAUCAUCCUCUUUCAUCUCCUCCAUGGAUGAGGAGCAAAAGCCACUCUUCUCGGGACUAGUGGAUUCUCCUCUGGGAAGAGGCAAAGCAACUGGACUUACUUGUGAAGAAACAGUGCCCACCUCAGGAAGAAUCCACGUGGAUAAAAGAAGUCAUUCAUGCAAAGAUGUCACGGACUCCAGAAGCUGGGACCGAGGGAAUGUGCAGACUCGGCCCCAGGCACUGCAGCAGGGCGCCUGGGGGACCUCGGAAACCGAAAGUGACCUUACCUACGGGGAAGUAGAGCAAAGACUAGAUUUGCUUCAAGAACAACUUAACAGGCUUGAAUCCCAAAUGACUACUGACAUCCAGACCAUCUUACAGUUGCUGCAGAAGCAAACCACUGUGGUUCCCCCAGCCUACAGUAUGGUGACUGCCGGAGCAGAGUAUCAGAAACCCGCCAUCCACCUGAUGGGAGCCAGCCACACCAGAGCAUCCAUUAAAACUGACAGAAGUUUCAGUCCUUCCUCACAAUGUCCUGAAUUUCUAGACCUUGAAAAAUCUAAACUGAAAUCCAAAGAAUCCCUCUCCAGUGGGGUGCAGCUGAACACCGCUUCCGAAGACAACUUGACUUCACUUUUGAAACAAGACAGUGACCUCUCCUUAGAGCUGCACCCAAGGCAAAGGAAAACGUACCUUCCUCCAAGCAGGCACCCUUCUUUGCCAGAGUCCUCCCGAAGCACUUCAGGAAGCUUGGGUCUUCAUAGGCAUGUUUCCGAUCCUGGUAUGCCAGGGCAAUAAUCCUUUUGUACCAUUUACUCCAUAUACAGUGUAAGUGCUUUCAACGGCUGUUCUCCUUUUUUGUAUUUAAAUCCUCUCUACUUGACUCAGGGGCUCACAAGGUACCAUUAUAUGCAAAAGUACUGUAUAUUUUCCUAAAUUGAAGCUUGUACGGUAAAACUGAGCAGUUAGGAUGUACAUAUACAUAAGAACAUUUUGUCCCAAAUGUUAAAACUGCCAGCAUCUCAAGGCACCUUAUUUUUUACUUUUAUUUUUUAAAUCAUGUGCAUGUUAGGAAACUCCAGUUUCUCUUGCAUGGAGACUCCUAUUUACUGCUUUUACUAAGCCAGUAUUUUGUUAUGAAAAUGCCUUCCAAGCAAAUAAGAAACUAAGGGGUAAAACUAUUCAUGGAUGCCCUUCAGAUGACCCUCAACUCAUUCAAGUUCAAAGGAACUCUCAAGUCACAUUUGAGAAAGGAUGCCCUUCUCUACCAAGAAGUGUAUAGUUAUUGACACUCCACAGCACAGCGGGGAACGGCAAGGUUUGAGUUGCACACCUCUGAAAGCAUAGAGAGCCAUCUCCAAAUACAGGAAUAUACGCUAGCAUUAAUGAGGACAAAAGGUCUUGCAACUUAAAAUUCUGUCACCAACUGUAUUCAUAAACAACCUUAACUAUUUACCACUGGCAUACUGCCUAGAGUGCUUAGAAACAAGGGAUUCUAUUUUUGUUUUGUGUUUCUUUCGUGUGCGUUUUUAUUUUUGCAGGCUGGGGGAUAGGCUGAGUGAGGAAGCUCCUCUUAAGAACGCCUAAACCAUGGCCUGCACAAAGUGACAGGCACCGCCCUCAUCUGGUUCACAUUGCAGAGCAACGCUGCAUUUGAUCCGAAGUGUGGAAACACAUUUUCCCUGCAAAGAAUGUGCAAUUUUAGUGGAAUUGAACGGGAAAACUGUCUUCCAUCAAGUAGGUGCUGGUCUGUGGCUUUCUCAACCCAGCGAUGGGGAAAAUGAGUAUUUACCUGCCUAAUAGGGGCUCUAUUUGGCGUCGUGGGUGACAAGUUGGGUAGCGAGCCACAAGGUCAGCACUUCCAAACCACCAUUCUAUGGGAGAAAGA